AUGACGAGAAUUACCCCUCGAACUUGUCUUUAUCCUCUCACAGGCAGCCUUCUGCUCACUUUUGGCCUCUCAAUCGGUCUGACAUUUCGAUCGGAUCAUCAUUGCUAUGCUGGCACCUGCGGUGAAUGGCUUUUUCCUCUCCAGGCACGAUUACAUGUUGUGGUCUGGUAUUCCUGGAUAUUGAUAACCGUCGUGUUCUUCGCUCUUCGCGCCUUUCAACCCAGGCUGCGUCGUUUUAUCCAGCAACGGUUGUUUAAGUCCGGGCUUCCCCUGGUGGGUGGGGGGUUGACUAUCAGCGCGUUACUUGGAUUUAUCUGGGUUAUCAGCUUAUACGGCAUCAUCGUCGGCGUCUGGUGGAUUCGCCUGCGAGACUACUUCGUGGACAGGGGCCAGGAGGGUGGAGUUUUGGGGGGAAACCACCGUCUCGCUGCAAUUGCAUUGACGGGUCACCUAUGCGAUGUCACAAUGGGAAUGGUCCUCAUCCCCGUCUCCCGGCACAGCGCGCUUGCAUCCUUCUUCAAAUUAUCCGUCUCAACAACACUUACCUUCCAUAUGCUGAUGGCCUAUACCCUCUUCACACUUGUUAUUAUCCACGGAUUUAUUUAUGUAUCCUGGGUGCCAGCUUUUAACUCUCUCUCAGAGACGCUUCGGAAAGUAUUUCCUGUCUUAAACCCAACUUACUUAUACCACGAGACUUGGCCGGGUAACUCGUCGGCUUUGGGUGUGUGGCGAGCCUCUCUUAUAUUCACCGGUAUCGUCUCCACCACGAUCAUGGGCCUCAUAUUCGUCACUACGUUGCCGAAGAUUCGAGCAAAACAUUUCAAUCUCUUUUACUUUACUCAUCUGUUCAGCAUUCUCGCUGUCAUCGUCAUCUGUCUGCACGCGAGUACGAUUUUCUACUGUGUGUCUCCAGGGCUAGCUAUGUGGGUACUCGAUUGGGCAUCGAACUACUACUUCCUCGACACCGACUCGACGGAUGUGCCUGCCAGUCACCGCUUGCGCAUUUCUAUAUUCGCCACGCAAAAUCCUCCGUCUGGGAGCUCCAUCCUUUCACCACAAUUACUCCUCUUGCUUCUGAAAGCAAUAUCACUUCCAAGUCCGAAGGAUGUCUUCCGAUUCAAUUCAUUUUUCUAUCUUGCCGACGUGGUCGGACCCGACCACAUCCCUUGA